GUAUGAGCAUAGUUUGGAUUUGGCUUCCAUUCCAGUAGCAGGUUGUUCAAAGAUGAUUACCAAGUAUGUUCAAGAGGCUGGUCCAUCAAAGGUCACAUCCACACCAAUGCAUGCUGAAUCUGGAGCUGCCAGAACACCAUCAGUGUCUGAAGUGUCUAGCAGGGAGUCAAGUGACAGGGAAAAGGAAGACAUCUCUGGAGUUGAAGUGAUUGUAGCAUUUCAGGAACAACAGUUGCCAAAAGUAAAAGUUACUUCAGCUGGAGAUGCAAAACUAAAGACUCUUAGAGGACUACAGACUUCCAAAGGCCAGGCUGUCUCAUCUGCUGGGAGGAAGGUUACUAAAAAACAACUUACAGACUCAUUCAUUGAUCCAUUCAAUUUGUCAAUUGAGAUCUCUGAUGAAAAAGACAGUGAAGAUGAAGAUGAAAACAUAGAUGAAGACUACCAGCCAAGCUUUUGUUUAACAGCUGUGCUUCCUAGAGAAGUGACAGUGUUAGCAGAUGAUGUUGCGUUUGAAGAGGUUGAGUUCAAUCUUGAAGCAGACGAUGAGGAAUUAGUUGAGGAAGCCGAAGAUGUAGAGAACAUUCCAGUGGAAGACAUUAAGAUUAUAACAUCUGAACAGGACAAUUUGUGGCAAGAAUCAUGUUGUGAAGAAGUGGUGUUCCCAGUCCCAGUUGAACAGAAAAUUGCACUCAGGUGA